CCCCUCCCAGCCUCCCUGCGACUCCCACCUCAUCCCUCCCCCUUGGUCCCUCCCAAUAGCAGCUCCGCGGGGCACGAGGAGGCUUGAGUCGCGAUUGCAAAGCGCCGCGCACGGAUCCUCGCUCCGCGUCCCUCCAGCGCGGCCGUGACGGACGCAGGGUCCGGUGGAGCGAGCGAGAGGGGAGGAGCGGGUGAGAGGGUGGUAGGGAGGGAGACGGAGUGAGCGAGCGAGAGGGGAGGAGCGAGCGAGAGGGUGAGUGGGUAGAUGAUUGGUCGAGUGCGUGCGUGAGUUUGGCGAAGCGAGGGAGCGCGGAGUGAAUUGUUGUUGAGCAAGCGCGACAUCGAGUGAGCGAGAGAGCGCGGGUGAAGCGAGCGAGUCGUCGAUUCAGCCGUCGAAUACUCGAGUGAGCAGGUGGUUAGGUGAGCGAGCAAGCGAGCGAGCCAGUGCGUGCUCGCUGUCAACGAGUCGGCGAGCAGAUCAUUGGGGUGGGGUAGGGGGGGGUAGCCCAGCGAGUGUCCACCAUGGGCGAGCAGCCGCCUCGGGCGGAGCUCACGGCCGUCGAGGAGCUCCACCGGGCCGAGAGCGACGGACGCGCCACGCCGUCGUCUUUGAGCGCCUCCGCCGCCGCCAAAGACUCCGCGGGCGUCGCCGUCGACACCGCGGGGGUCCACGCGCUGCUCGAGCGACUCCUCAAGACGGUGGAGAGCGUGCAGGAGUCGCAGCUGAAGAUGGAGCAGCGGCAGGGGGACAUCGAGGGCACGGUGAAGUCCAUCGAGGCGGAGGUGGAGGGCUUCUGCCGGGCGCACGCGGCCACGGCGGGCACGGUGAGGCAGGUGCUGGAGAAGGCGCGCAAAGUGAGCGCGAACGUCAAGGACGUGCGUGUCCGCCUCGACAAGCAGAGCCACGAGGUAAAGAAGCUGGAGGCCAACCACGCCGAGCUGAUGAAGAGGAACAACUUCCGAAUCAUGGUCUACCAGGAGGGCUCCGACGCCCCGAUCUCCAUCGCGACGAGCAGCAAACGCUCCAAGUCUGAGCUGGCCGCAGGUGGAGCAGCCGCCGCUGCCGCAGGCGGAGCCACCGCUGGAGCCGGCGGAGCGGAGCCGCGAAACGGAGCCGAGGCGCCGGCGUCGGAGGCGUCUCCCAAAGAGAUCGUGGACGAGGCGACCAACCCGUUCGAGGCGGACACGGAGGCGCUCAACCUCUCGUCGGACGAGGACGUGGAGAUGAUCGAGGAGGUGGAGUCGACGGCGUCGAAGCUGCGCCGGACCGGCAAGAAGCGCGUGGAGAGCAUCAGGAAGGCGUUCUCUCGGGAGAACUUCGAGAAGAAGGUGAACAGGAUCGUGUCGCCCGAGAAGCGCGAGAAGAUCAAGAGCACGUUCACGCACCGCCGCAAGGCGUCGGCGGACGCGGGCGAGCCGCACGGCGGGGGCGAGCCGUCCUCGGCGGGCGACGCCUCGGCCGGGGAGGCUCCGUCCACUCCGGGGGAGACGCGGCGGGAGGACGACGACAAGGUCGAGGCGCGGGACGCUCACGGGGUGGCGGCCGAGGUCCCGGCGGACCUGGCCGCCCCGGGGACGCCGUCGUCCUCCACGGCGUCGCAGCGCUCGUCCAGCAUGAAGCGCAUGGAGAGCAUGAAGAAGGCCAUGAGUCGCGAGAACAUCGAGAAGAAGGUGGACACGCUGGGCAGGAAGAUCGUGCCGCCCGAGAAGCGCGACAAGAUCAAGAAGUCGCUGACGCCCGACCACAAGAAGGGCGCGCGCUCCAACACCUCGUCCUUCAAGGUGCCGCCCUUCAGCUUCACCGUCAAGAAGUUCAGGGAGGGCGACGCCGUAGAGGUGGAGGAUUUCGAGAUCGACCCCAACAACGUGGAGAUCCUGAGUGGCAGCGAGGCGCUGCCCGACGACCACGGCCACCGCGUGGAGACCCCGCCGCCCGACUCCCAGGAGCCGCACAGCGAGGCGGGGCCACCGACCUUCGCGGUUCGGAUCGCGCCGCCGGCGCCGGGCGGAGGCGACGAGGCUCCGGCGGCGCUCGCCUCCGUGGAGCAGAAGGCGUGAGAGGAGGCGCCGGCGCUGAGGCGGAGGAGACGGAGCGAGAGACGUUGACCUGGGUCGCGCGACGCGGCGUGGCCGUCAGGGGAAUCCGUGGCGCGCUCGGGGUGGGGGGAGGGGGGCGUGUUUUGAGU